CUCUCUCAUCUCUUUCCGCCAUUAGGGUACUAGCGGCAGCCGAACAGAGUAACAGAAGCAGAGAGAGAGAGAGAGAGAGAGAGAGAGAGAGAGAGAGAGAGUCAUGGCUACUCCAACCGCAACCGAGUCCGUGCAGUGCUUCGGCAGGAAGAAGACCGCAGUAGCGGUCACCCAUUGCAAGCGCGGCCGCGGUCUGAUCAAAAUCAAUGGCAAGCCGAUCGAGCUAGUGGAGCCGGAGAUCCUCCGAUACAAGGCGUUCGAGCCGAUCCUCCUGCUCGGCCGCCACCGCUUCGCCGGAGUGGACAUGCGCAUCCGCGUCAAAGGCGGCGGUCACACCUCGCAGAUCUACGCAAUCCGGCAGUCCAUUGCCAAGGCGCUCGUGGCGUUCUACCAGAAGUACGUGGAUGAGCAGUCGAAGAAGGAGAUCAAGGACAUCCUUGGCGGGUACGACAGGACGCUGCUCGUCGCCGAUCCCAGGCGCUGCGAGCCUAAGAAGUUUGGUGGUCGUGGUGCCCGCGCCAGGUUCCAGAAAUCGUAUCGUUAAAAUGCUGCUAGUGAUUGUUGCCCUUUUUUGAAUACUUUCUACAGUAUGUUACUGGACUAAAUUGAGCCGUAUCACAGAAUUUUGAGACAUGUUAGUGAAUAUUGCUUGCAUUUUCGCAGCAUUUCAAAUUUUCAAUAUAUGUUUUGUUUUGCAUUA